GUUGAUGACUUCAAUAAUGCAGAAUCAUCUUUAAUAUCGUAGCUAAUGCGGAGUGAUGCUGUAAUUGACCACUUUUCCUUGUCAACAUCCCGGUUGCAUCAUGGGAAAGCGCGAUGUUCAAAUCCACUUCCGGAUUGCUUUAGUUUUUAAGUCAUGGCGGAAAGGAGUAGCACAAUGAAGACCCCACUCAACAAAGCCCUAGCACAACGAAGGAGCAAGCGUCGAUACAGUCGACGAAGUUGUGGUGAAGGUACUUAUCUGGGAUACACAUCAGGCCGUCAGACCGUUCUAAAAAUACCAACAAGCAGGAAAAAACCGAAGUCACGUGAUAUCACAAAUCAGGUUGACCCAGACCAAGUGGCACUUCUUGUCAAGAAAGAAUGGCAUCUGUCAUAUGUCACACCUUUGUAUCAGUUCCGAUAUACCAUGUUGAAAACCUACUCGAAAGAACUAUCAGCUUUCCUUGUAUCGGAGAAGCAACAGGGCCAGACGAUUGAAACUGGCCAAGAGCUGUGCUUCAAGGUCAAUAUCUCUGUAGUCCUUGGGUUGGCAGAGACGAAUCAAGAUGCCGAGACGAUUUACAUUCAAAUUCUCUCCAAACAAGUGUUUGCUGCAAAAGAUGAAGCCCAAAAAGUCGUUUGGAGUGGCUUGCUGACCUGCAUUAACGGUGACGUGGACUAUCUCCGAUCACUACCGCCUGAAUUUGUCAGUCUGCCUUUGCUUUGCACUAGUGGACCAGAGUCCCUCUCAGCAUUAGUAAAAUCCUGGCUUAAAAAGACAUUUGACUGUUGCUUUGGCCCUAUCUGCAUCACGUCAACCAACCUCCAGUGGCUCGCAGCCCUUUGGACUGGGUGCCACCCCACCAAGAACAUUCAGUACCUGAAACUGGCCUGGACCAUUCCUACACAACCUCCUAUGGAUGUGACAUACAAGGUCAACCCCCAAGACGUCUGGAAGCUUUGGGACAGCGCGCGCCUUGACGACGGCGCAGAGGACAGCAUCAACAUCGAGGAGGUCAACAGUUUCAUCAGAGGGCUCCAGACCCAUUUCUUCAGGCACUUCAGGCUAGACCUUUCCGCUGGAUCUCUGAUGAGGGUCUCCACUGCCCUGGGUUCAGCACACCACAGUGGGAAGAUUAAGAUCACCAGCCCUGACUACAUGACCACUGUCCUCCAGCUGCUGACAGAAUGCGCACUCUUGAAGAUGCCCAUCUAAGCGGUCGGACAUCAAAUUAGUGUUGUUUGUAAUAUACCUGUAUAUACCAAAAUAUAUAUUACUGUCAGUAUAAAAUGUAAACUGAUUGGCUCUUUUAUGCUAGUGAGUGUGCAUGUAUUUUUAAUAGGUUUUAAUAAGCUUGUACCCAGUUGGGGUCUUUGUGUGUAGAUAUUCACUACAAAGGUGAUAAUGUCAUUCAUUGUACCACUGCUUAAACCUGCAAAAAAAAUUGUGUCAUUUGGGCGAUAGUUGAUUAUGACUGAGGGGAACAGACCCUGUGAAAGCUUUUACCCUACUUCAAAUACAGAUUGUUUUUACAUGUUUGUUUUUUUUAGCUUAAGUUUGAAAUAAACAUCUUUAUUAACA